UCCACUACAGCGAUGGCGGCACAGGGAGCAGCUGCGGCGAUUGCGGCGGCGACUUCAGGGGUCGCGGGGGAGGGCGAGCCCGGGCCCGGCGAGAAUGUGGCGGUCGAGGGGACCUCCCCGUCCCCGGGCCGCGUCUCUCCGCCGACCCCGGCGCGUGGCGAGCCAGAAGUCACCGUGGAGAUCGGAGAAACGUACCUGUGCCGGCGGCCGGAUAGCACCUGGCAUUCUGCUGAAGUGAUCCAGUCUCGAGUGAACGAUCAGGAGGGCCGAGAGGAAUUCUAUGUACACUAUGUGGGCUUUAACCGGCGACUGGACGAAUGGGUAGACAAGAACCGGCUGGCGUUGACCAAGACAGUGAAGGAUGCCGUGCAGAAGAACUCAGAGAAGUACCUGAGCGAGCUGGCCGAGCAGCCUGAGCGAAAGAUCACUCGCAACCAAAAGCGCAAGCAUGAUGAGAUCAACCACGUGCAGAAGACCUAUGCAGAGAUGGACCCCACAACAGCAGCCUUGGAGAAGGAACACGAGGCGAUCACCAAGGUGAAGUAUGUGGACAAGAUCCACAUCGGGAGCUUCGAGAUCGACGCCUGGUACUUCUCCCCGUUCCCCGAGGACUACGGGAAGCAGCCCAAGCUCUGGCUCUGCGAGUACUGCCUCAAGUACAUGAAAUACGAAAAGAGCUACCGCUUCCACUUGGGCCAGUGCCAGUGGCGGCAGCCCCCGGGGAAGGAGAUCUACCGCAAGAGCAACAUCUCUGUGUAUGAGGUGGACGGCAAAGACCACAAGAUUUACUGUCAGAACCUGUGUCUGCUGGCCAAGCUUUUCCUGGACCACAAGACAUUGUACUUCGACGUGGAGCCAUUCGUCUUUUACAUUUUGACCGAGGUGGACAGGCAGGGAGCCCACAUUGUCGGCUAUUUCUCGAAGGAGAAGGAGUCACCAGAUGGGAACAACGUGGCCUGCAUCCUGACCCUGCCCCCCUACCAGCGCCGCGGCUAUGGAAAGUUCCUCAUUGCUUUCAGUUAUGAGCUGUCCAAGCUGGAGAGCACAGUAGGCUCCCCUGAGAAGCCACUGUCUGACCUGGGCAAGCUCAGCUACCGCAGCUACUGGUCCUGGGUCCUUCUGGAGAUCCUGCGAGACUUCCGGGGCACACUGUCCAUCAAGGACCUUAGCCAGAUGACGAGCAUCACCCAGAAUGACAUCAUCAGCACCCUCCAGUCCCUCAACAUGGUCAAGUACUGGAAGGGCCAGCAUGUGAUCUGCGUCACACCCAAGCUGGUGGAGGAGCACCUCAAAAGUGCCCAGUAUAAGAAACCACCCAUAACAGGUGGGUGGAGCCUGCCCAGGGGGGUGUGUAUAUGGGCGGAGGGUGAGCCAAGGCCUCUGUUUUGCUGUCAUCGGAUCCCCAACCAGUCUGACCAGCUCCCAGGACCGAAGCCUGGGGCAGCCCCCUCCCCAGGACCCAGUCUGCCCCUGUUCUCACCUCGAGGUGAAACCUGGCCUGGGCCCAGGGCGGAAAAGCCAGUGUGAGUGGCCGGCCGGGCCGGAGGCCCAGUCCUGCCUCUCAUGCCUCUUCUCCCCACAGUGGACUCUGUCUGCCUCAAGUGGGCACCCCCCAAGCACAAGCAAGUCAAACUCUCCAAGAAGUGAGUGUCCUGUGCCUGUGCCCCUGCUGCUGGACCCGUGCCUCCUUGCACCCCAGCCUGUAAAUAUGUACAGACCUGUUUCAUCAUUUUUUUAAUAAAGUAAGUUCUGCCAGUGGCUCUGGACUUUGGAGGUGGGAGGGAGAGGCCCAGA